AUGGGCAUUACACGGCGAGGGAAAGACAAGGCUGCCGCCGGGCAGGCAGCCGCGGGCGGAGCAGCGGGCGGCAGAGCGAGGCCCAAGAAGGCAACGUUCGAAACGAGCAAGAAGAAGGAUGUCGGAGUCUCAGACCUGACCCUUCUCAGUAAGGUCUCCAACGAGGCGAUCAACGAGAACCUGCAGAAGCGAUUCGAGGGAAGGGAAAUCUACACAUAUAUCGGCCAUGUGUUGGUUUCGGUCAACCCCUUCAGGGACCUGGGAAUCUACACAGACCAGGUCCUGGACAGCUACAAGGGCAAGAACCGUCUCGAGAUGCCGCCGCACGUCUUCGCCAUCGCCGAGUCGGCCUACUACAACAUGAAGGCGUACAAGGACAACCAGUGUGUUAUCAUUUCGGGCGAAUCGGGAGCUGGCAAGACGGAGGCCGCGAAGCGCAUCAUGCAGUACAUCGCGAGCGUGUCAGGGGGCGACACGACCGAUAUUCAGCAGAUCAAGGACAUGGUGUUGGCCACAAAUCCUCUUCUGGAGUCCUUUGGCAACGCCAAGACUUUGAGGAACAACAACUCAUCGCGGUUCGGAAAGUACCUGCAAAUACACUUCAACUCGGUUGGCGAGCCGGUGGGUGCCGACAUCACGAACUACUUGCUGGAAAAGACAAGAGUGGUGGGCCAGAUCACAAACGAGCGCAACUUUCACAUCUUUUACCAGUUCACCAAGGGAGCCUCGGAGAACUACCGGCAAAUGUUUGGCAUUCAGAAGCCAGAAACCUACAUCUACACCAGCAGAUCCAAGUGUCUCGACGUCGACGGAAUAGACGAUCUUGCAGAGUUUCAAGACACGCUAAAUGCCAUGAAGGUCAUUGGAUUGUCGCAAGGGGAGCAAGAUAAUGUUUUUCGAAUACUGGCUGCUAUCCUGUGGACCGGCAACCUCGUUUUCCGUGAAGACGACGACGGCUAUGCAGCCGUAACAGACCAGUCUGUGGUGGAAUUCCUGGCCUACCUGCUUGAGGUCGACCCCCAGCAGCUCGUUAAGGCUAUCACCAUUAGGAUCUUGACACCGAGGAGCGGGGAAGUCAUCGAAUCCCCUGCCAAUGUCGCACAGGCGAUGGCAACCAGGGACGCUCUGGCCAAAUCACUAUACAACAACCUCUUUGACUGGAUCGUCGAGAGAAUAAACCAGUCGCUCAAAGCUCGCCAACCGACGAGCAACACCGUUGGCAUCCUGGAUAUUUAUGGUUUCGAGAUUUUCGAGAAAAACAGUUUCGAACAACUUUGCAUCAACUACGUAAACGAAAAGCUUCAGCAAAUCUUCAUUCAACUUACUCUGAAAGCCGAGCAGGAAGAGUACGCACGUGAACAGAUCAAGUGGACUCCGAUCAAGUACUUCGACAACAAGAUUGUGUGCGACUUGAUAGAAAGUGUACGGCCUCCGGGAGUCUUUUCUGCCCUAAAAGACGCCACCAAAACCGCGCAUGCCGAUCCGGCAGCCUGUGACCGUACGUUCAUGCAGAGCGUCAACGGCAUGUCAAAUGCGCAUUUGAUCCCAAGGCAAGGCAGCUUCAUCAUCAAGCACUACGCCGGUGACGUGGCCUACACAGUUGAUGGAAUCACAGACAAGAACAAGGAUCAGCUUCUGAAGGGUCUCUUGAGCAUGUUCCAAGUCAGCCAAAACCCGUUCGUGCAUACUCUCUUCCCGAACCAGGUGGAUCAGGACAACCGCAAGCAGCCACCAACCGCAGGAGAUAGAAUUCGUACCUCGGCGAAUGCACUGGUCGAGACAUUGAUGAAAUGUCAACCCUCAUACAUCCGAACAAUCAAGCCGAACGAGAACAAGUCACCGACCGAGUACAAUGUCCCCAAUGUGCUGCAUCAGAUCAAGUAUCUUGGUCUGCAGGAGAACGUGCGCAUUCGUCGCGCUGGAUUCGCAUACCGACAAUCAUUCGAGAAGUUUGUCGAUCGCUUCUUCCUCUUGUCACCUGCGACAUCGUACGCGGGUGAAUACACGUGGGAAGGAUCGUAUGAGGCUGCGGUCAAGCAGAUCCUCAAGGACACCAGCAUUCCCCAAGAAGAGUGGCAGAUGGGUGUCACGAAGGCUUUUAUCAAAUCACCCGAGACUCUCUUUGCUCUGGAGCACAUGCGUGACAGAUACUGGCACAAUAUGGCAACGCGCAUCCAGCGUAUGUGGAGAGCGUACCUGGCCUACAGGGCAGAGUCUGCAGCUCGGAUCCAGACAUUCUGGCGCAAGAAGAGGACAGGGGCUGAGUACCUGCAACUCCGAGACCACGGGCACAGAGUCUUGCAGGGGCGCAAGGAAAGGAGGCGCAUGUCCAUACUCGGAUCGAGACGAUUCAUUGGCGACUACUUGGGCAUCAAUGCUUCUAGCGGGCCUGGCGCUCACAUUCGCAAUGCUAUCGGCAUUGGGAGCAAUGAAAGGGCCGUGUUUUCCUGUCGUGGUGAGAUUCUUGAGGCCAAGUUCGGUCGUUCAAGCAAGGCAAGCCCACGUAUCUUGAUUGUCACCAACAGCAAAUUCUACGUCGUCGCGCAGAUGCUGGUCAACGGGCAAGUGCAAAUCACCGCUGAGAAGGCGAUACCUCUCGGUGCUAUCAAGUUCGUGGGGGCAUCUAGCUGCCGUGAUGAUUGGUUCUCUCUCGGUAUCGGGUCGCCGCAAGAAGCGGAUCCACUGCUCAACUGUGUGCUGAAGACAGAGAUGUUCACGCAGAUGGAGCGAGUGAUGCCUGGAGGUUUCAACCUAAAGAUCGGAGACUCGAUCGAGUAUGCCAAGAAGCCAGGCAAGAUGCAAGUUGUCAAGGUUUUGAAGGAUUCUCCCAACCCUGUGGACUUUUACAAGAGCGGCGCUGUGCAUACUCAACAAGGAGAGCCACCCAACUCGGUCUCACGUCCGACACCAAAGGGCAAACCGGUGCCUCCACGACCGAUCACGAGAGGAAAGCUCAUCAGACCGGGCGGACCCAAUGGACGACCGUCUAGGGGCACAACAAACAGGACAGCUCAACCAAGACCAGGUGCAAGUGCAAGUGCGGCGGCAUCCCGGCACGUGCCGCAGCCGCAGGCACAAGUCGCUGCCAGCAUUCCUGUGCGAACGCAGCAAUCCUCACAAACAUCCUCGGCAGCAGCCCGCGCGCCACCACCGCCGCCCCCUGCGGCCCCUCCCGCAAAGGCAAAGAUCAUGGCCAAGGUGCUCUAUGAUUUUGCUGGUCAGAAGGAAAACGAAAUGUCGAUCAAGGAGGGAGACCUUAUUGAGAUUGUGCAAAAAGAGAACAAUGGAUGGUGGCUUGCUAAGAGCGGUAACCAGCAGGCGUGGGUACCGGCGGCAUAUGUCGAGGAGCAGAAGCAGGCUCCUCCGCCAGUUGCGGCUUCUCGGCCCCCCCCGCCAGCCCCUCCGGCAGCCAACGGCAAGAACAAGCCGUUGCCCCCAGCGAAGCGUCCAGCUGCUGGAAAGAAGCCUGCCAGUCUUCAGCCGCGUGACUCCGGCAUGAGCCUAAACGGAUCCGACGGUAGCCGCAGCAACACGCCGACUCCGAGCCUGGGCAACAGUCUGGCUGACGCGCUGCUUGCGAGGAAGCAGGCCAUGGCGAAGAAGGACGAUGAUGAUGACUGGUGA